CUGUUCAAUUCGUUUGGUAAUAACGGUUGUUUUUUCAAACGCGCACAUUCAAAUCGCUUAUACGUCUCGCAUAGCUCUCAAAAUGAAGUACUUCUGCGUACUGAUUGCACUGAUCUUUGGUGCUGCAGUGGGCUCUGCUGGCACAGUUGCUGUACAGCAGCCCUGUUCCCGCCCAGGAUUCUUCCCAAUUUCGGAUAACUCUCGCAACUACUACGGCUGUUACGCCAAUAGACAUGGAGGUCUUACACUGAAAUAUUUGAGCUGCAAGGAGGGUCAGAUUUUCAAUGGAAAGAAAGGAUUUUGUAUGUUCCAAACCAUAGACGCUGUGGCCAAUGAGGAGGAUGUGGAAAGUCCAACAAUUCCAUCAGUACCCGAGGAGCAACCAACCACACCUAAAGCUCCUGAGGACACCACCUCCAAACCCGAGGAGCAACCAACCACACCCAAAGCUCCCGAAGAAACCACCUCUAAACCCGAGGAACAACCCACCACACCUAAAGCUCCCGAAGACACCACCUCCAAACCUGAAGAACAGCCAACCACACCAAAAGCUCCCGAAGACACGACUUCCAAACCCGAGGAACAACCCACCACACCUAAAGCUCCCGAAGAAACUACCUCUAAACCCGAGGAACAACCCACCACACCUAAAGCUCCAGAAGAUACUACCACCAAACCUGAGGAACAACCCACAACACCUAAAGCUCCCGAAGAUACCACCUCUAAACCAGAGGAACAACCAACCACACCUAAGGCUCCUGAAGACACCACCACCAAACCCGAGGAACAACCAACCACACCUAAAGCUCCUGAGGACACCACCACCAAACCCGAGGAACAACCAACUACACCUAAAGUCCCUGAAGAUACCACUACUACCACUACGGAGGAACCACCAGUAACUACUGAGAGUGUACCGGUUGAAAGUCCAACCACCCCCAAAAUUCCCCAAGAUACUACUGCUUCAACCACGGAGAAGGAACCUGAAGAUACUACAGUUGAACCAGAAGAGUCAACUACCCAAGGACCUACUACAACACAGGCAACACCAACGACUACCGAGAGCCAUGAAACUACCGAGGAUGUAAACACAACAACCGAUGAACCAGAGGAUAACACUACAACCACAGAGGCUAAACCUACUACGGAACCAUCGACCACCACCGAAAAGCCAGAGGAAAAUUCAACCACACCAGAGGACAAUGAAACCACUGAAGCCGAUACAACGACGGAAGAACCUGAAAUCGACACAACCACCGAAGCUGGCACUGAAACUACCGAGGAUGAUGGAGACGCAACCACCACUGAAGAACCUGUAACUGAACCUACCACCGAGCACCCUGAGGAGAACACAACUACACCCGAAGAUGAGACCACCACUCAGGGGCCAGAAGUCGAAACCACAACAGCUGGUCAUGCCUUCAAUUGUCCCACCACAGGCAUCUUCCCCCAGGACGGCAGCUGUGACAAAUUCAAUGUGUGCGCCGAAAUAAACGGUAUUAUGACACCCUUCCAGCGCCAAUGCCCCGAAGGUCAAAACUUCUUCCCACCUGGCGGUUAUUGUACUUCUGAAUUCAGCUGCGACGACACCAAGGUCGCGAAACACACCCAGGCCGAGGAAUUUGAAUGCGUUGUUGAGGGAACUUUUGCUUAUCACUCCGACUGCUCCAAGUACUUUAAGUGCGAGUGGAACUCGCGCACAGAGGAGUUCCUUGCCCAGGUGAUGCAGUGCCCAUCCGGUCAAGUGUAUCACAUCUUGACGGGCAAAUGCGGCGUUGAAGGUGCUCUGACCUGUGUCGGUCGUCGCAUCAUGUCUAGAUUUGCCUUUUAGAUAAUUUAAACCGAAAAUCCUCAACGAAACUGCUUCUUUUUGAAUUUAAAAUUUCCGAAGAAAAUAAAAAUUUAGCCGAAAACGAAAUAAAUCAUGAUUACUACUUUUAAUAAAUCUAUUAUCAGCAUUUGUAUGUCUAUGAGUGUGUGUAUGUGUUUGUCUGUUAUUUCCAAAAUGAGCUCUUUAAUAAACAAUUAAAAAACA